AUGAUCAAUGACAUGCUGAAUGCUGUAUCUCGCACGAACGAACCUUUCACGAUCACUAGUGUAUCACACAAGAUGUAUCGUAGUCGAGACAGGUUAUGUAAGUUCUUGGUUAAGGCGUUAAUAAUUGAGAUCAUUAUUGUACAUUUAUGUGUGAGAUGUUUGAUUUAUAUGAAAGAUAAUAAUGACAUGUAUUUUCUGAUUCAGCGAAUCUUGUGGAUUGCCACAAUAGUGGCAGUGCUCUCCACAUACCAUGCGCAAGCAUCGAGUGAGAAGAGCAAAAGGGCGAUAGCAAGCAAUGGAGGCUAUAUCUAUGAGCCACCAAAUGAAAUAUUCACGCUACCCCCGAGACCAACGUCGAGACCACCGACAGCAGUGACUCAUGGAUAUCCAACAUCGCAUGCAUCAUCAAGCACACUGCGUCCUGUAACAACGGCACCAUAUACCUAUCCAACACCACAAAAAUUCACAACGUCACGCACACCAUCUUAUCCUUAUCCAACUCCAUCACAACCAACAAAAAGUCCACCAUCAAAGACUACAGGAUAUUAUUACGAAACACCUAGUAGGCCAUAUACGCCACCUCAGACAACAUCAUAUGUUCCACCAAGGACUGAUCGUCCUGCAACAACACCAGGACUUUCACCUCGGCCCACUUCACCACCACAAAGGCCAACGAUAAGAACAUCUCCAGGGUAUAAUUAUCCAACACCUGAAAAUCCAUUUACGCUGCCGCCUCAACGACCGUCUCCACGCCCUCAACCACCCAGAACCCCAGCACCACCUCCACCUUUCCCACCACAAACACCAAGACCUCCAUCUCCUCCGCAGCCACCACGACCUCCAACUCCACCACCAUAUGUACCUCCAUCUCCUCCACAACCACCAAGACCUCCAACGCCACCACCAUAUAUACCUCCAUCUCCUCCACAACCACCGAGACCUCCAACGCCACCACCAUAUGUACCUCCAUCUCCUCCACAACCACCAAGACCUCCAACGCCACCACCAUAUGUACCACCAUCUCCUCCGCAACCACCGCGACCACCGACGCCACCACCGUAUGUGCCACCAUCUCCACCACAAACACCAAGAACACCACCAACUGGUUACACUUAUAAAACACCAUCACACCCAUUUACAUAUUCACCUCCUACACCAUCACGGCCUUCAACACAACCACCAAGAACACCACCGCCUGGACCACCAUCAACUGGUUACACUUAUCAAACACCAUCACACCCAUUUACACAUCCACCGCCAAGACCUUCAACACAACCACCAAGAACACCACCACCUAGACCACCGACACCUUAUUUGCCUCCAACACCACAACCUCCAAAAACACCAGCACCACCACCACCUUUUCCUCCGCAACCACCACAAACGCCAAGACCUCCAUUACCUCCGCAGCCUCCUCAACCUCCAAGGCCACCUUCUCCACCACGACCACCCGUGACACCACCACCUAAACCACCAACACCGUAUUUACCUCCUUCGCCGCCACAACCACCAAAGACCCCACCACCUUUCCCAACGCAACCACCACAAACACCAAGACCACCUUCACCCCCACGGCCGCCUCAAACUCCAAGACCACCUGCUACAUCUGCACCGGGCUAUCUGCCUCCCGUACCACCUACGCCUCCACCAAGACCACCGCUUCCGCCACAGCCACCAAGGCCUCCAACUCCACCACCAUAUGUACCGCCAUCUCCUCCACAGCCACCAAGGCCUCCAACUCCACCACCAUAUGUACCGCCAUCUCCUCCACAGCCACCAAGGCCUCCAACUCCACCACCAUAUGUACCGCCAUCUCCUCCACAACCACCAAGGCCUCCAACUCCACCACCUAGGCCCCCAACUCCACCACCUAGGCCCCCAACCCCACAACCAUAUUUACCCCCAUCUCCUCCACAGCCACCAAGACCUCCAACUCCACCACCAUAUGUACCUCCAUCUCCUCCACAACCACCAAGACCACCAACUCCACCACCAUAUAUACCUCCAUCUCCUCCACAACCACCAAGACCACCAACUCCACCACCAUAUGUACCUCCAACUCCGCCACCUAGGCCUCCAACCCCACAACCAUAUUUACCCCCAUCUCCUCCACAGCCGCCAAAACCUCCAACUCCACCACCAUAUGUACCUCCAUCUCCUCCACAACCACCAAGACCACCAACUCCACCACCAUAUGUACCUCCAUCUCCUCCACAACCACCAAGACCACCAACUCCACCACCAUAUGUACCUCCAACUCCGCCACCUAGGCCUCCAACCCCACAACCAUAUUUACCCCCAUCUCCUCCACAGCCGCCAAAACCUCCAACUCCACCACCAUAUGUACCUCCAUCUCCACCACAGCCACCAAGACCUCCGACUCCACCACCAUAUGUACCUCCAUCCCCUCCACAACCACCAAGACCACCAACUCCACCACCAUAUGUACCUCCAACUCCACCACCCAAGCCUCCAACCCCACAACCAUAUUUACCCCCAUCUCCACCACAGCCACCAAGACCUCCGACUCCACCACCAUAUGUACCUCCAUCCCCUCCACAACCACCAAGACCACCAACUCCACCACCAUAUGUACCUCCAACUCCGCCACCUAGGCCUCCAACCCCACAACCAUAUUUACCCCCAUCUCCUCCACAGCCGCCAAAACCUCCAACUCCACCACCAUAUAUACCUCCAUCUCCUCCACAACCACCAAGGCCACCAACUCCCCCACAACCGCCAAGACCUCCAACUCCUCCACAACCACCAAAGCCUCCAACUCCACCGCCUUACCCUAAACCAUCAACGCAUGGCGGCUCGUACUUACCUCCAGACGAUCAGACUACUUCAAGGACUACUCCAAGAUAUACCACUGCCCACACAACACCAAGUCCAUUCCCACCAACACAUAGAACUCCAUUUACUACCUUGUCCACAUCUAGUACACCUUAUCAUCCAACAGUACCAAGUACGCGACCUCCGCCAUACCUCCCACCCUCUUCUCCCACUACGCCACGUGUUACGGUAACUCCGCCACCUCCACCAACUCCAAUUUACACUCUCGUACCAACAUCGACUAUCUACACUGCCCCACCAACUGGUAGACCAGCUCCACCACCAACUUUACCACCAACCACGAAGAGGCCUAUUGGUUAUUUCUACGAUGUACCAGAGAAUCCACUGGAAUUACCACCCUUCGUUCGAUGAAGACGGGCAAUGUUUUUGCCCUCUUUUUUGUAAUUUUUAAAUGUAUAGUAUACAAAGCUAUUUAUGGAUCACCAUAGGAAAUGAUAAGCAAUCUGUAAUCGAAAAAUGGGUGAAAACGAUAUGACAGGUUUGCUGUAUAUAUUAUAUCCAGUAGCUUGUACUGUAUACGUUUAACUAGAAUGGUAAUUAUUGUAAGUGUAACGAAUGCUUCGAACAAAGUCGUAAAGUAGUUUACAAUGAAAUGAUUGGAAUAAUAAUAAUUGAUUUAAAAAGCUGAUGAUGCUGUGUUACAUUUGUGUAAGAAAAAUACAGUGAAUAUAAGAUAAAAUGGAUGCACAUAACUUUGUACAUCUGACACACGCAUAU